AUGUCAGUUGAUAACGUCGUAAAGGUUGCAAAUAUAUCUUCACUCGUAACUGAACCGAUACUGAAACAGUUGUUUGAGUUCUUGGGUGAUGUUACAAAGAUAAAACUAUAUAACAGUCCUCAUGGCGAUGGUGUGCAAGAAUGUACAAUAGAGUUCAAAGAAGCAUACUCAGCAAUAACGGCUCUCCAUUUAACUGGAGUGGAAUUGGGUGAUCGCACCUUAAUGGUUUCGUCAACGACCGCUCCUUCUGGCAUUCCUUUUAAUAGUUCAUACCAACAACAAAUCAUACCAUCGCAGAUGCUUCCACAAAAUCUCUCACCACCUAGGUCCGUCCAAUCUAAAUCAUCAGUUCAAAAACCCUUGAUCACGCCCAUUACCGUACAACCGUUCUCUAUAAAUUCUCUUGCAGCAAUAAGAGCGAAUCCUGCAAUUUCUCCGACUGUCGCACAGUUUGAUCCAGCUAAAGCCGAAGAAAUAUCGAGAACGGUAUACAUUGGUAAUAUCAAUUCCUCGAUAUCGGAACCGGAAUUAACACAAUUCUUUUCGGCCUGUGGUCCAGUUGCCUAUGUGAAAAUGGCGGGUGAUCCUGCUCAACCUACAAGGUUUGCGUUCUUAGAGUUCGCCACUUUUGAAGGUGCACAAGCUGCUAUGCAAAUGAAUGGUGUUAUGUUAGGAGAUCGACCUUUAAAAGUGAAUCAUUCGAAAAAUGCAAUUAAUAAAACUCCUAAAAAGAAUGAUGCACCAGAUGUACAAGCUACCAUGCGCCGUGUUAGGGAAGCUCAACUAAGAAUUGCUAAUAGGUUAAAUACUGAUGGGCCUAUACCAGACAAUUCUCCUUCAGCAUCAAUAAAUGAUGUUGAAAUGAUGGAUGUUACUUCACCUGCCGCUGAAGCAGUCGUAUCUCGUAGUCGUUCUAGAUCCAUCCGUCGUAGCAGAACUAGAUCUAGAACGCGAAGUCGUAGUAGGCCCAGGAAACGUAGAUCAAGGACUAGGUCAAGGUCGAAAGAUAGAGAUUACCAUUAUAGAAGGCGUCGUUCAAGAGAUCGAGAUCGUGAUAGAGGUGACCGGUAUAGAGAUCGUGAUAGAGAACGGGAACGAGAACGUGAGAAAGAGAAGGAUCGUGAGAGAGAAAGGGAACGUGAGCGUGAUAGAGAACGUGACAGAGAGCGUGACAGAGAACGUGACAAAGAACGUGAGCGUGAGAAAGAAAGAAGGGAGAAGGACAGAGAACGAGAAAGAGAGCGUGACAGAGAACGAGACAGAGAACGUGAGC